UUGUCACACUGUUCAGAAAUUAUCUCUGAAAGUCACCACGUUCUUAAUUCAUUUUUAAAGACUAAUUAUUGAAAACACUGAUUUCGUUUAAAAGUAUCUGGGAUAAACAACACUGCCAAUAUAAUCUCUCUAGUUUAUCGAGGAAUCUGAUUGACAUCUAGUGACGACAGCGGAGCGUUUUGACGUUUUUGACUCACUGUAAUCAUGAAUUCAAUAUCGUCAGUCCUAUUGGAAACUGUUAACUUUGCUGCCGAGAAACAUCGUAAUCAACGCCGCAGAGAUCCAGAGGGAACCCCGUACAUCAACCACCCCAUAGGGGUAGCGAGAAUUCUAAGCCAUGAAGGUGGAAUUACAGAUCCGGAAGUUUUGCAAGCUGCAUUGCUUCAUGACACUGUGGAAGAUACAGACACAACCUUUGCUGAACUUGAAUCUGUCUUUGGACCAACAGUGACCAGAAUAGUUCAGGAGGUGACUGAUGAUAAGACACUGCCGAAACAAGAGAGGAAACGGCUGCAGGUGGAGCAUGCUCCACACUGUAGCCAACAGGCCAAACUGGUCAAACUGGCAGAUAAACUGUACAACCUCCGCGACCUGAACCGCUGCACGCCAACAGGCUGGACAGCAGAUCGGGUUCAGGAAUACUUUACAUGGGCAGCCCAAGUGGUUAAAGGACUCCGCGGAACCAACCCGGCACUUGAAGAAAAACUGCAGGAACUCUUCCGUGAAAGGGGCAUAGAAAUAUGAUUUUGUUUUAGGUGUACAUGGACCGUGUUGUAUUUUGGGAU